AUGUCGUCAGUGUCAGAAAUCCAACCUAAUGAGGCAGAUGCUCCAAAAACUGCUAUAUUUGACUCAAGUACGGAUAGAUCUUCUAGUAAAAAUAUAGAGAGUUCAGUCUCUAUCAUGUCAGAGCCUAAAUUAAGAUCAAGAUCAUCUAAAAGCAGAACAAGCAGCAAAGUAUCUAAAAAGAAUCCUAAAAGAAAAGUAACUACACAUGCUAAUCAUUCCAAAAAAAAAAUAUUAGAAACUAAUAAUAACAAAGAUAUAAAGAUAGGGACCCCAAUCAGAACAAAGAAUGCAAAUUCAUUCUAUAGAGGUGCCAUUGUCGGUUCAUUUUUAGGAGCUGCUGUUUCAACAGUCUUGACAAAAUUAUCCUCACAGUAA